AAGUAUUUGCAGAUGUUUAAAACACAAGCAAAGCCCAGAAGGCUUAAAACCCCUCCUAACAGUAAUAGUGGAUAGCCAUGGCCUCCAACACAUGUAUCAUUCGAAUUCUUACCGUCAUUGCCAUCUGCAUACCUCGUGCCAAAUCCUUCCACUUGGAUUUUCCAGCAGUUUUUAACUUUGGUGAUUCAAAUUCUGAUACUGGUGCUCUUAUUGCCGCUGCUUUUGAGAGCCUUUACCCACCAAAUGGACAAACUUACUUCCAAAAACCAUCAGGGAGAUACUCUGAUGGCCGUCUCACCAUCGAUUUCCUUAUGGAUGCUAUGGACUUGCCAUUCCUAAAUGCCUAUCUUGAUUCGUUAGGUUUGCCAAAUUUUAGGAAGGGAUGCAACUUUGCCGCAGCAGCUGCAACUAUACUUCCAGCCACUGCAUCAUCCCUCUGCCCCUUCUCCUUUGGGGUUCAGGUGUCUCAGUUCCUCCGAUUCAAAGCUCGGGCCCUUGAAUUGAUCGCUAAAGGCAGGAAAUUUGAUAAGUACGUCCCUGAUGAAAAUGUUUUUGAGAAGGGAUUGUACAUGUUUGAUAUUGGCCAGAAUGAUCUUGCUGGAGCAUUUUAUUCCAAAACAUUAGACCAAAUACUUGCCUCAAUCCCCACAAUUCUUUUAGAGCUUGAAAAGGGAAUUAAGAAUCUCUAUGACCAGGGGGCUAGAUAUUUCUGGAUACACAAUACAGGUCCUCUCGGAUGCUUGCCUCAGAAUAUUGCCAAAUUUGGAACUGAUUCAUCAAAGCUUGACGAACUAGGGUGUGUUAGUUCACACAACCAAGCUGCUAAAACCUUUAACCUACAGCUACAUGCUCUCUGUACUAAAUUGCAGGGCCAAUAUCCAGAUUCAAAUGUCACAUACGUUGAUAUCUUCACUAUAAAAUCAAACCUCAUUUCAAACUUUUCUAGAUACGGGUUUGAACAACCUAUUAUGGCUUGUUGUGGAUACGGAGGUCCACCACUAAACUAUGACAGUCGAGUUUCCUGUGGGGAAACCAAGACCUUUAACGGGACCACAAUUACAGCAAAAGCUUGUAAUGAUACCAGUGAGUACAUAAGUUGGGAUGGGAUUCAUUACACUGAGACUGCAAAUCAAUAUGUAGCAUCACAAAUUCUCACUGGAAAGUACUCGGACCCUCCUUUCUCAGACAAAAUGCCAUUCCUACUUAAGCUCAAGUUCUAAAUACCCCAUUAUAUUUAUUGUUACUAUUAUUUGAUUCUUUAUGGUAUCGUGAAAGCUAUAGCUGAUUGUAACUUUGAAUGACAGUCAAGCUCUUACUAAUGAAUAUGUUUUAAAGAUUGGUCCCAUUGACAUGGUAACAUGGUCUGUGUGAUAAUGUUCAAGGAUUGGUAAUUGAACACAUUCAGACUUCAUGGUUCAUUUGUAUGCUAUAUACUAUAUAAAAGGGCCUUUUGGGAUA